AUGCCAGGCGUGGAUGGUGAUGAUGAUGGCUCAGCUCUAAAUCAUCAGACCCAUGGCAGGGGUGGAUUUUUGUCAGGGCACAAAUUCGCGGCUUCAGCCAUCAUUUGUAGAUCGACCAAUUGCGAAAUUACCGUGCCACAAGAGAGAUAUGACAUAGCACCACCGGUGAUAGAUGAACUUCAUGUAUUAAGCGAUAUGGUGAAACCUGGCAAAACUGUAAACAGUGAUUAG